UCACCUGAAAAUGUUCAAAAUUGGAGGUAUUCAGCCUGUGGACGAGAAUGACGCACAAAGGAAAGAAAAUUUGGAAGCACGGAAUGCUGCAAAAGGACAAAGACGCGCUGCUUUAAUUGAAAGGAAACCAAACGUUCGACAAUUGACACAUAAAACUUCUUCAAAACCAGAUGACUUGGAAAAAUUUGCCACUUCGCAUGUACGUUUUGGUGGAAGUGAUGUUAUGAUACCAGUUGAGGUUGCUGAGGAUAUUGACAAUUAUAUGCGACACCUUGAGGUUAUUUACGCUGUGCCUGAAGACUUUUUGAGGAAUAUCAAGUCGCCGAUUCAUGGCAGAAUGCGUCAAAUUCUUGCUGAUUGGCUGUACCAUGUCCAAAGUCGCUUCACCCUGCUCAAUGAGACUCUUAGCUUGUCUAUCAACUUGAUGGAUCGAUCUCUACUGGCAAUGAAUGGUUCCAUAACUAAAACGAAUUUGCAAUUGCUAGGAGUGACUUGUCUGUUUAUCUCUUCAAAAUUCGAGGAAAUAACAGUUCCAAAUGUUGAGGACUUUGUGAUUGUUGCUGGUUCUGUUUUCAAUAAGGAGGAUAUUUUUCAUAUGGAGAUGAAGUUCUGUUUAACAAAACGUGGUAAAAACAAAUUUUAUCCCAGGUUUAGAGAAAUUUCUGAUUUCGCCUAUAAUUACGAUUAUAAUCGGCAGGCAGGCUCUAUAAAUUUUAACCUGUCAGGGAUUUAUUUUUUUAAUUUCCAUUUCUCUUCCCAUAACUUUUUUUUUCAGAUUUUGAGCGCAUUGGACUUUAAUCUUGGAGCGCCACAUUCUUUGCAAUUUCUUCGUCGUUAUCGCUUUUAUGUUGAGCCAGAUAGUCGGACUUAUCAAUUUGCAAAAUAUAUUUGUGAAGUAGCUUCUGUUUGUUAUAGCCUGGCUCAUUAUUUGCCUUCAACUGUGGCCGCAACUGCCAUCUGGUUAGCUUCUUAUACUUUUGGUCGCACUCUUGUGUCCAAUUUUCUUUUUGACCAAGUUUUCAAGUUAGAUCAGGCGACUUUGUUUUCAACGGCACGUUUAUUUGUUGACCAUGUAAUUAAUUUUGCCAAUCCCGACGAAGACAAAAUUUAUGCAUUGCGAGAGAAAUACCAGGAAUUGGUGCUUGAUGAAUUUACGACCGAGCAUAUCAGCAAACUUAAUGAUUUCUUUGACUAUGGUUACGAAUAUUCAGGGUUGUCCAACUCUUCGACUUAUUCUGCGCGUGCGAUUUUAGAGAAAUAA